AUGACCGUCCCCAUCGCCAGCGACACCGAGGACGUCUCCAGCCUCUCGCGCAGCAUGGCUGCAGUGGGUAUCGGCGGCUCUCUCCCCCGUGCUACCCGCCUUCGUACCGAGUCCGAGAAGGCUGCGCUGCUCGAGAAAGACAAGCCCUCGUCCGACUCGCGCGCUCCCUCCGUCAUCUCCACCACUGCGUCCCUCAACUCUGAGAGGACGAUUAACGACGUGAAGCCUUGGAUUCGCGGUGUGCGCUCGGCCCGCGACAAUGGUUGGAUUCUUGAUGAGAAGCUCGCCCGCGGUCGCAGCGGACCUAGGUCUACCCGCGGUGCCUUCGACAUCAAGAUCCGCUACGGAAACAUCAACGACACCUGGGAAGUUUACACCACCUCGCCCGUCUGGAGGCUCAAGAUCGGACCCGAUGCGCUGAACUUCCACUAUGACGGUCAGAAAAUGAAGGACAACCUCACUCUUGGCCAUUACGGCAUGGAGGACGGUGAUAUCAUUGACGUCUUGCCCGACUUCAGUGAGUUUCCCGCCUCGCGUUUCUAA